AUAUAUAUAUUUCAUUUAGUAGACUCCUGCUUUUCUUAUCACAAGUAAAAAGUGUAAUAAAAAUAAAACAAUUUGAAUUGAAACGUUGGCAUAAAGAAGAAAUAGAACGACAAUGAUUGCGUUGCUGUUGCGUAAGCAAUUUCUCGCUGGUUGCAAGAAACCUUUUGCAUUACCAUAUUUGCGACUUACACUGACGAAUGUCAAAACAGCGUCUGGCAACGACAUCUAUGGGCACGAUAAAUUGAAGGAUCCGCAACAAGAAGUGGAACUGGCAGCAAUACGCAAAAAGGUCAACGAUGGUAGAGCCGUGAGCCUAGCUUCGGCAUUGUUCGGAUACCCGGCCGAUCAUCGUAAAGGUGCACCAUUGGGCAACAUAUCCGUGAUAAUGCUUCCCGCAAAGAUGACGCAAAUCAUGACAAUGUCUACCAAGGGCGACGACAGUUGUAAGGACGAUGCCAGUAAGCAUACUUCUGAUACGGGAAAGAAGAAAAAACGCAAACCAAACGAUCCGCUUCAAAAGAAGCCAGAUGAGUCGUCUGAGCAGAAGGAUAGCAUAACUUCAAAAUACUGUUCGGAAAAGCUGCCUACCGUGGAUUCAUUGUCGAGCGCAGAACACGGUGAAAACAGAAAAUCCAAGAUGCGUGCGUUAAUCAUAGAGAAAUAUGAAGCCGUUCGGAUAAUCAAGCAAGCUACCGUUGAAAAGAAGGAAACAAUAGUUAAAUUAAAAGAGCUAACGAGCUUUCCAAUAUUAACUGCUGAGCACGACCCAAAGAAAUUUCCUGUAAACGAGCGAUUAGCUGAAACCGAAGAUAGCGAAGUAGCCAAAGUGCUGGAAGAAGCCAAGAAAGAAGCUGCUAAAACCAAACAAUUGCCCACCUCGGAUCAAUCUCUGCGCGUUGCCCAAAAGAAUCGGAAAUCGGAAUCAAAGAACGAAGAAGAUAAGAGAAGCUGUAAAACCAAAGCCGACAAGAAAAAACCAGAAGGAGAUAAGCUCUCCGGACCUGCACCUGCACCCCCAACAGUAUCUAAAAAAUGCUUUUCCACAUUCGGACAGACUACUUCUAGUUCAGACCUAACUAAGUCAUAUAACAUUAAUCCCGUGCUGGUAUCAGGAGUUACCGAAAAGAAGAAGCCUUCUGGUGGCUUAGCUUUUGAUACUGGAAAAUCAAAACCACCAGGACCACCACCUGGGUCAAGUGGAACUAAGCCUCCGCCUGCGGCUAAAACGCCACCAGGUCCUGCAAAUGCUAAGCCACCAGGUCCACCGCCUCCCCCUAAGGGGGCGCCUAAGGGUCCUCCCCCGGGCACACCGCCACCCCAAACCAAAACCACUUUUGGUCCACUGCAAGAUGCGGACCGAAUUUUCACGAAUCUGUACGGUCGUCACGACUGGCGCCUAAAGGCGGCCAUGAAACGGGGCGACUGGUACAAGACCAAAGAAAUAAUCGAGAAGGGUUCACCCUGGAUCAUCAAUGAGCUUAAAACGUCCGGGUUGCGUGGACGAGGAGGGGCAGGUUUUCCCACCGGUCUCAAGUAUUCCUUUAUGAACAAGCCACCCGACGGGCGACCCAAGUUUCUGGUCGUAAAUGGCGAUGAGGGCGAGCCAGGCACUUGCAAGGAUCGAGAAAUACUGCGCCAUGAUCCGCAUAAGCUAGUGGAGGGAUGUCUUGUGGCUGGCUGCGCCAUGGGUGCCAAUACAGGGUAUAUCUAUGUGCGCGGCGAGUUCUUCAAUGAGACUUGCAAUCUACAGUACGCCAUUGUUGAGGCCUACAAGGCUGGGUUUCUGGGCAAGAACGCCUGUGGAUCUGGCUUUGAUUACGACCUCUACGUGCAGCGCGGCGCUGGAGCCUAUGUGUGUGGUGAGGAGACCUCGCUUAUCGAGUCCCUGGAGGGCAAGGCUGGCAAGCCACGUAGCAAGCCGCCCUUUCCGGCGGACAUUGGUGUCUUUGGCUGCCCAUCGACAGUUACCAACGUGGAGACGGUGGCUGUUACGCCCACGAUUUGCAGGCGCGGCGGCAAAUGGUUCGCCAGCUUUGGACGCACUCGCAACUCGGGCACCAAGCUGUUUAACAUCUCGGGACACGUGGAGCGGCCCUGCACAGUGGAAGAAGAAAUGUCGAUGCCCACACGCGAGAUCAUAGAACGACAUGCGGGCGGUGUAUCGGGCGGCUGGGAAGAUUUGCUUGCCAUUAUACCCGGCGGCUCUUCAACGCCCUGUAUUCCCAAGGAAGACGCAUCGAAGGCCAUACACGACUACGACGGUCUGAUGGCCGUUCGCUCCUCCAUGGGCACCGGCGCCAUCAUUGUGAUGAGCAAGAAGACGGACAUUAUUAAGGCCAUUGCACGUCUCUCGGCCUUCUACAAACAUGAGAGCUGCGGCCAAUGCACGCCCUGUCGCGAGGGCCUGCACUGGGUGCACCUCAUCAUGCAGCGCUUUGUUACCGGCCAGGCGCAGCCCAGCGAGAUCGACAUGCUCUGGGAGAUAACCAAACAAAUCGAGGGGCACACCAUAUGUGCUCUGGGCGACGGCGCUGCCUGGCCGCCACAGGGACUCAUUCGCCAUUUCCGACCACUUAUCGAGGAGCGCAUGCGAGAGCGUGCGGCAUGCGACAAGGCGGCAGCCGCCGUCGCCGCUGCCUCCGGCAAACCGUCCUCAUAAGUGUUAAUGAUGUUUAUUUGCAAUAAAAACAGUGGCGCAAAACCUUUUGUAUGCCGCUCAACUUCA